GGAAUUAGACGUUUGAAUAGUAUUACUAACAUUCAAUAAAGCUAAUUCAGUCAGUUUCAUAUUUAUUGUAUUUGCUACAAAAAUAUUUACUUUUAUAGAUAACGUAUGCUCCCAUACUGAUCCUGGCAGAACUUUACUUCGAGCACUAAUUUUUCGAAGUAUAUUUGUAUUUUCAGCAGCUGCGGAUAUUAAUUUAAAGGCAAAUGUUAGGUGUAGCAAGAUACAUAUCUUUCAAACUAGUUUCUUUAUCUAGAAUAUUAAAGCCUAUUAGUAUUUGUGAUCAUUUACAAGCAUAUAGUUAUUCAAGUCAAAAAAAUAAUUUACUUGAUUCAGUAUGUAAGGAUGAACUAUUUGAUCAUUCUGAAAAUGACGUCGAUUUAGAUGAAACAACAUUACGUCAGCUCCAAAGAUGGUCUUUGGUCAAAUUAGAUGAUGCAAGAGCCUUGCAUUCCCUUAAAAAUUCAAUAAGGUUUGCCAAUAAAAUUUUGGAUAUUGAUACAGAGGGGGUGGAACCUUUAUAUACUGUACUCGAAAACAAACAUUUAACAUUGAGAAAUGAUGUUGUAUCUGAAGGCAAUUGUAGAGAAGAUAUUUUAUCUAAUGCAUGUGUAAAAGAAGAAAAUUAUUUUGUAGCGCCACCUGGAAAUGUUCCAUUAGAUACUGAUACUAAAAUUGAAUCUGAACAAAAUUUUAACAAAACACCGCAAUAUGAAUAUGAUGUAUAAAAAUUUAUGCAUACCAC